AUGGGUGAUAAAGGUGAUGGAGAAACAUUUGAUGAUGCUGUCGAAGAAAGAGUUAUCAACGAAGAAUAUAAAAUAUGGAAAAAGAACACACCGUUUCUUUAUGAUCUGGUUAUGACCCAUGCUCUAGAAUGGCCCUCUUUAACCGCUCAGUGGCUUCCCGACGUAACCAGACCAGAAGGAAAAGAUUACUCUGUACACAGACUUAUCUUGGGCACACACACAUCCGAUGAACAGAACCAUUUGCUUAUUGCAAGUGUUCAACUACCAAAUGAAGAUGCACAAUUUGAUGCUAGUCAUUAUGAUAAUGACAAAGGAGAGUUUGGUGGCUUCGGUUCAGUCUCAGGAAAGAUAGAUAUAGAAAUUAAAAUAAAUCAUGAAGGUGAAGUGAACAGGGCUCGUUAUAUGCCCCAGAAUCCUUGUGUUAUUGCUACCAAGACUCCUUCAUCAGAUGUUCUGGUCUUUGACUACACAAAGCAUCCUUCCAAGCCAGAACCUUCAGGAGAAUGCCAUCCAGAUCUAAGGUUGCGUGGUCAUCAAAAAGAAGGCUAUGGUUUGUCAUGGAACCCCAAUCUAAAUGGAUAUCUUCUUUCAGCAAGCGAUGACCACACUAUAUGCUUGUGGGACAUCAAUGCCACUCCCAAAGAGGGACGAGUAAUCGAAGCUAAGUCGGUGUUUACUGGGCACACUGCUGUAGUAGAGGAUGUGGCCUGGCACCUCUUGCAUGAGUCCCUAUUUGGGUCUGUUGCUGACGACCAGAAACUUAUGAUUUGGGAUACCAGAUGUAACAACACAUCGAAACCCUCACACACAGUGGAUGCACAUACAGCGGAAGUGAACUGUCUCAGCUUUAACCCAUACUCCGAGUUCAUAUUGGCAACUGGAAGUGCUGACAAAACCGUCGCUUUAUGGGAUCUCCGAAACUUGAAGUUGAAGCUUCACUCUUUCGAGUCUCACAAGGAUGAGAUAUUCCAAGUGCAAUGGUCACCGCACAACGAGACCAUACUGGCUAGCAGCGGUACUGACAGGAGACUGCAUGUAUGGGAUCUGUCCAAAAUCGGUGAAGAACAGACAGCGGAGGAUGCAGAAGACGGUCCCCCUGAGUUGCUCUUCAUCCACGGAGGUCACACUGCCAAGAUCUCUGACUUCUCCUGGAACCCUAACGAGCCAUGGGUCAUCUGUUCAGUUUCUGAGGAUAAUAUUAUGCAGGUAUGGCAAAUGGCUGAAAACAUUUACAAUGAUGAAGAACCGGAGACACCCGCCUCUGAACUGGAAUCUAGUGUCAACGUAAACCAUGGAUAG